UCUGUGGGCUCGGCCUUCACCUGUCAUAAAUAGAAAAAAGCACACACCUCUACAUUACAAAAUAACCGUUGGUACGGUCAUAAAGUCAGGAGGUUUAGGACCUUAACACACAGACAACCUCAAUUUUGAGUUAGUAUCUGACCCGAUGUUUUCUGGGAAAGCAUUUCUAAACUUCUGUUUUUAGACGGCUGAGAGAGGAAGACACAGACAAUGACAGCGCUGGGCAGUGUUGUGAUUCAGACGGUGGUGUUACUGACGGGGCUGGUGAUCGUUCAGGGAGACACCCAGGUGGGCUGUGUGUUUGGGGGGAGCUGUGUGCUGCCUUGCCGCUUCCAGCCAAACAGUGAUACCAUCCUCCACUGGGUCAGGAAGGAUGGGGAGAAUGUUCAGGUCCACUCCUACUAUGAUGACCAGGACCAACUGGGAUACCAGGACCCUCUCUACAAGGGAAGGACCUCCCUGUUCCAUGACCAGAUCUCAGGGGGCAACGCAUCCCUUGGUCUGUCCAGGGUGAACCUCCAGGACCAGGGCAGGUACCUGUGUUACGCCAGCACUUUAGAGUACAACCAGGAGACCUUCGUCAUCCUGACAGUGAGAGCUCCUGAUCCAACUCCUGUUGCUACAGUGUACAUUGCACUAGAGAACAACACUGUCACCUGGGGAUCAUAUGGCACACUUUGGAUCAAAUUAGGAGUAUUUUUUAUUUUAUAUUUUUAAACUUCCUCAUCUGUUUACGUGUAAAAAGUAAUAAUUUCUAACAUCA